GAUAUCGGACGUCGUACGUCGGACAUCGGACGCGGUGUGAAUCUUUCAAUUCGCACACCGUCAAGAAUCGGGCCUCAGGUUAGAUAUUGACGUGUGUUCUGAAAGAGAAUACGUGUUUAUACUAUCAGUUUAUGGUAGAAAUGGGUGCAACAGAAGAUUCCGUCAUAAAAAUCAAUAAAUGGGACGGUUCAGCUGUCAAGAAUGCCUUGGACGAUGCAGUCAAGGAUGUACUGACAAAUAAAUAUAAUUAUCUUGAAAACUUCUCUCUUCUUGAUGGAAGGCUAGCACUUUGUGGAAUCACAGUUACAAUAGCUAUCAUAGCAUUGUUGUGUGAUUACUUAUAUCCAUUCCCUACUUCAAAGCCUGUUCUAGUUAUCUGUGUUUCUUUGUAUUUCAUAUUGAUGGGACUCUUGACAUUAUAUACAACAUAUAAAGAGAAAGGCAUAUUUGUAGUUGCGAUUCAAAGAGAUCGUGCAGGCUUCAACCCUGACUUGAUUUGGGAAGCUAGCUCCUAUUUGAAGAAAUAUGAUGACAAAUACAACUUGGUUUUGUCAGUUAGAAGCGCAACGUCUGGCAACAUUAACGAGACGACCGUGACGAAGUCCGUUGCGAGUUUCAUCGAUGUUAACGGCGUGGUGAUUCCAGAACUGAUAGAGGCCGUUGUGAUGACAAUGCACGACAGUCUAACGUCGCAACGAAAGGAAAAGUAGCACAGUGUUUCGAAAUUGGAAUGAUUUUUUUUUUUUUUACGAAAAAAGCCUGUGUUUACAAACUCUCAGUCCAAUGUUCUCGCAUUUCCGAUCUCGUGCAUAACGAUGUAAAUCAUUUUCACAAGAAAAGAGUAAAUUAUAUAAUACAUGUGUAUUACAAUUAAUAUACAUCUUAAAACAAGUUAAACGUUAUAAACUACCUUUUUUUUCGAGCAACCAAGUA